GAGGAAGGAAUGGGUGGGGAUGCAGGGAAGUUUGCAUGGUUGGGAUGUACAGUUAAAGGAAUGUCUUUCCGAUAGUUUUUAUUUUCUCUGAAGUAGGCAUUGGGGUUAUUUGCUGACAGUUCCAGGCCAGGGCUGGUCCAGGUGAGCGUGGAGGUCCUGAUGGACACAUCAGCCAUAGCGUGCCCUGCCCUCUUUGCCAGCAGUCUCUGGCAGCCAGAGGAGUAACAGAACUAGAAGAGGAGUGGCCGUCAUCUGAGGCCCUUUGGAGCUGUUUGCUUGGACCACCCACUAUGCCACACUUUCACCCAAGAUCUUAUUUAGUCAUCACAACAAUCGAGUGAAAUGGGGUAACCGAGACCCACUGUGAGGAAAUGACUUUCACCUGAGGUUGCCCAGCCUCUCUGGAUUGUGCAGAGCUAAAGCUCCUGGGACUUGAAUCUUUGGACCUGCUUCCAUGACCUUGGGGACUUCCACCAGGGAGAAUAGUUGGACACUCCUGAAGCCUCUAGUCACCAUCCAGGGGAUUUUUUUCACCAUGAAGGGUAAUUCCUGCCCCAUCCCUGCUGUGACUCAGCUGUGACGUUGAACCAUACAAGCCAGAGAAAAGACGAUAAAGUCAUCAGAGACUCCCUGCUCACCAGAGAAGGUGGCCCAGGCCUGAACCCACUUCUCUCAUCACAUUCUCUACUGGGCUGGUCCCUGGCCUGGAGAAGCUUAGACAAGCCCUCUAGCAAGCCUGGGAACCCAGGAUGGCCUCCAGCUCAGCCAGCAGCCCCCGCCCAGCCCCCGAUGAGAAUGAGUUUCCCUUUGGAUGCCCCCCCACCGUCUGCCAGGACCCAUCAGAGCCCAAGGCCCUCUGCUGCGACGCCUGUCUCUCAGAGGACAUGAGGAACAGCGAGGAUCAAAGCUGCCCUAAAUGCAGAGGGGACGACCCCCAUUCUGCAAGCCCAGGAAACCUUCUGUCUCAGGAGAAGGACCACCCGGAAAUGGCUGAGACUAGAGUUGGGUGCCCCUUUGCAGGCGUCGGCUGUUCAUUCAAGGGAAACCCAAAGUCUGUGCAGGAGCACGAGGCCAUCUCCCAGGCCUCCCACCUAAAUCUGCUGUUGGGUUUCAUGAAACAGUGGAAGGCCCAGCUGGGCUCUAGCCAGGACUCCGGACCCAUGGCCCUGGAGCGGAACCUGUCAGACCUGCAGCUGCAGGCAGCUGUGGAGGUGGCCGGGGACCUGGAGGUGGACUGCUACCGGGCACCCUGCUCCGAGAGGCAGGAGGAGCUGGCCCUGCAGCACUUCAUGAAGGAGAAGCUCCUAGCUGAACUAGAGGAGAAGCUGCGCGUGUUUGAGAACAUUGUCGCCGUCCUCAACAAGGAGGUGGAGGCCUCCCACCUGGCCCUGGCUGCCUCCAUCCACCAGAGUCAGCUGGACUGUGAGCGCAUCCUGAGCUUGGAGCAGAGGGUGGUGGAGUUGCAGCAGACCCUGGCCCAGAAAGACCAGGCCUUGGGCAAGCUGGAGCAGAGCCUCCACCUCAUGGAGGAGGCCUCCUUUGACGGUACCUUCCUGUGGAAGAUAACCAACGUCACCCGGCGGUGCCAUGAGUCUGCCUGUGGCAAGACCAUCAGCCUCUUCUCCCCAGCUUUCUACACUGCCAAGUAUGGCUACAAGUUGUGCUUGCGGCUGUACCUGAAUGGGGACGGGUCAGGAAAGAGGACCCACCUGUCACUCUUCAUUGUCAUCAUGAGGGGGGAGUACGAUGCUCUGCUGCCCUGGCCUUUCCGAAACAAGGUCACCUUCAUGCUGCUGGACCAGAACAACCGUGAGCACGCCAUUGACGCCUUCCGGCCUGACCUCAACUCAGCGUCCUUCCAGCGACCCCAGAGUGAAACCAACGUGGCCAGUGGCUGCCCGCUUUUCUUCCCCCUGAGCAGACUGCAGUCGCCUAAGCAUGCCUACGUGAAGGACGACACCAUGUUCCUCAAGUGCAUGGUGGAGACCAGUGCUUAGGUUGGGGGGAAGCCAAGUGAGCCACGCCUGGCUCCUGAAGGAGCGCCAGCUUAGACAGGGUGGUUAUCAAGAUGACCCUGAGGUCCUGCCCCUGCGACCCAAGAUCCAACGGCACAAGGAUGGACUGGGGCUAGUGUGAUCUGGGCAGACUGACACAUGGACUGUGGCUGGCCACCAGCUCAGGAUGGCGGCACCUUGGGCUGGCUCCACAAAGGCAAAGGGUCCAGAAGGAGGCAGUAGCAGAAUUGCUACCCCCUGUACCGACCACACCACACCAGGAGGGCUGGGAGCCACUCCAGCCUGAGUGUUGAGAUGGACUUCAACCAAGAUGGGGAGAGAAUGGGGGCCAGGACUGGGGCAUAGAUGGUGAGCUAGAGGUAUAGGACCUGAGCAAACAAACUCUCAGGAUGGGAAGGGGUCUCUGCAGGGCCACCACAGAGAACUGGAGACACACCUCUUUUCUUCCUGCCUGAGAGCAGAACUAGGACCAGAGGGUGGAAGGACCAGGAUUGGCAAUGUGAAUUCAGUCUGUCCCGGCCUAGAAAUGAGCUCGCCAUCACUGGAGAUGAACAAGCAAAGCCCGAUGGCUACCCUGCAGGGUGGAACAUCAAAUUGGGGGUUGGAUUGCAAGACCUUUAAGGUCCCUCCCAGCAUAGAGAGUCUCUAAUUCUAGUGCUCUUGGCCCAGGUGAAGCCCAGGGCUGCAGGUCUGGAAACAUUCAGGAGCCUCAUACCCUCCUGGCUCCUCACUCACCUUCAGCCUCACCAGCUGGGCUGAGCUGGCCAGUACCUGCCACCCUGGGCCUGGCAGCUCAGCUUCCCCAGCAUGCCAGAGCACACAGCCCCUGCAUCCUGUGCCUCCACCAGCCCAAGUCCCCUUCACUGCAGCCAGGUGAAACCACAUCAGUCUGAGCUCCCAGGAGCAGCCAGAAGGAAUGUGGAGAAGGAGAAGGGUUAACCCCUCCCCCUCCCUGCCUGGAGGCCACACCUUAGGUGCUUUCAAGAAUCCCAGGUCCUCUGAUUAACCAAGAUGUUUGCUUCUCUUAGUUGACUGAGCAGAACCGCUGAGCAGAGGCGGUCUUUUUAAAUACAUAUAGAGCCAAAG